AUGACUCUGUACCCCCAACGGCACAGCUGCUUCAUCUUAGAGCAGGAACCAAUUGUCUGUUUCACGGGUCUGAACAAGUAUAGCAGCCAUGUGACUCAGCCAAAGUCGCAAGGGGCAUCCCAGGCAAUGCUGUACGCAACAGGCCUGAACGAGGAUGACAUGAACAAACCUCAGGUGGGAAUCUCCUCGGUGUGGUAUGAGGGCAACCCCUGCAACAUGCACCUGAUGGACCUGGCAGCAGAUGUGAAGGCAGGCGUUGAAGAGGCUGGCCUGGUGGGCUACCGCUUCAACACCAUCGGUGUCAGCGACGCCAUCAGCAUGGGCACUGAUGGAAUGUCCUACAGCCUGCAGAGUCGUGACCUCAUUGCUGACAGCGUGGAAACUGUCAUGGGCGCUCAGUGGUACGACGCCAACAUAUCCCUGCCGGGGUGCGACAAGAAUAUGCCGGGGGUGGUUAUAGCGAUGGCGCGCCUGAACAGGCCCUCCCUCAUGGUCUACGGGGGGACCAUCAAGCCCGGAGUCAGCACCACCACCAACAAACCCAUCGACGUCGUGUCAGCCUUCCAGAGCUACGGCGCGUACGCAGCAGAUCUCAUGUCGGAGGAGGAGCGAUUUGACGUGGUGCGAAAUGCAUGCCCGGGACCCGGCGCAUGCGGCGGCAUGUACACGGCGAACACCAUGGCGAGCGCGAUCGAGGCUCUGGGCAUGAGCCUUCCCUAUUCAUCAUCCACCCCUGCCGUGGACCCCCUGAAACGAUUGGAGUGCCGAAAGGCCGGCUUCACUGUAUUGGAGCUGAUGAAGGCGGACAUCAAGCCUCGGGACAUCAUGACGCGGGCGGCCUUUGAGAAUGCCAUGACCAUAGUCAUGGCUCUGGGCGGAUCCACCAACGCGGUGCUGCACUUGUUAGCAAUGGCGCGCGCAUGCGGCGUUCCCUUGACCUUGGAUGACUUCCAGGCCUGCUCUGACAGGACCCCCUUCAUCGCCGACCUGAAGCCCAGCGGCAAAUAUGUGAUGGAGGACGUGCACAAGGUGGGAGGUACGCCAGCCGUGCUGAAAUAUCUGCUGCAGUACGGCUUCAUUGAUGGCAGCUGCCUUACAGUCACAGGGAAGACACUGGGAGAGAAUCUGGAGAGCGUGCCUGACCUGGCCAAGGGGCAGCAGGUCAUCAUGCCCCUGGAAACGCCCAUCAAGUCCAGCGGACACCUGCAAAUACUGUAUGGCAACCUGGCGCCUGAGGGGUGUGUGGGGAAGAUCACUGGGAAGGAGGGGACAGUGUUUGAGGGGCCCGCACGCGUGUUCGACUCCGAAGAGGCCAUGCUGGACGCGCUGUCAGAGAACCCACAGGCGCUGAAGGGCGCGGUGAUAGUGAUCCGUUACGAGGGUCCCAAGGGCGGCCCGGGGAUGCCGGAGAUGCUGACGCCCACCAGCGCCAUCAUGGGCGCCGGCCUGGGGCAGGACUGCGCGCUACUGACCGACGGCCGCUUCUCCGGCGGCUCGCACGGAUUUUGCAUCGGCCACGUCGCGCCCGAGGCCCAGGACGGCGGGCCCAUCGCGCUGGUGAAGGACGGGGACGUGAUCAGGAUAGAUGCGGAGAAGCGGCGGAUGGAUGUGCUUGAGAUUGACGAGUCAGAGUGGCAGCGAAGGAGGGAUGCCUGGACUGCACCGCCGCUGAAGGCAACUCAGGGGACGCUCUACAAAUACAUCAAGGCUGUCACAUCGGCCUCCACUGGAUGUGUCACCGAUGCCUAG